CGCCGAUCCCGGGGGCUUCUGGGUAGCGGCUUACCCCCGCCCCCCGCGCCGGCGCCUUCCUUUCCGUCCCUGACGCCGCCGAGGUCGCACGCGUGAGGCUAUCUGCCGCCGAGAUGCGCUACGUCGCCUCCUAUCUGCUGGCUGCCCUCGGGGGUAAUGCUUCCCCCAGUGCCAAGGACAUCAAGAAGAUUCUGGACAGCGUGGGCAUCGAGGCGGACGACGACCGGCUCAACAAGGUCAUCAGUGAGCUGAACGGAAAAAAUAUAGAAGAUGUCAUUGCCCAAGGUAUUGGCAAGCUGGCCAGUGUGCCCGCUGGUGGGGCCGUGACGGUCUCUGCUGCCCCGGGAUCUGCAGCUCCUGCUGCUGGUUCCACCCCAGCUGUGGCAGAGGAGAAGAAAGACGAGAAGAAGGAGGAAUCGGAGGAGUCGGAUGAUGAUAUGGGAUUUGGCUUGUUCGAUUAGAGCCCUGUUUUCCUGCCAAUAAACCCUUUUUACGUAUCUCGA